CCGCAAUCAGUGACAGCUUCAAGUUCACUCUCCAGAGCUAUUGGCGUAUCUCCAGAUAAAUCUCAUCUUGGAUAUAUCACCUCAGCGUCGAUCAACAUGGGAGAAUCACACCAGAGCUCAUCUCGUGAUGGCUAUCGCCCCGAAUGGCUGGCUCUUGAAGAUGCUUCAGGUGGCAGGUAUGUUAUGACUGGAAACUUUGCCGUGGAUGUCCCUACCUACGAUGCUGUUUUCGCUGCCAUGUCGAAACAGUGGCCCGAACUACCUGAAGAAAUGACAGUGUGUGAGUGAGUUUCGACAUUGCCACCUUACACUGGCCAGGUUUAACUUCUAGUGAUCGGACUCCUGACCAACCUAAUAUCUAGGGGACGAGAAAACCGACAGUGAACAUGGCGGACUUGACGUGCGGAUCUACAAGCCAGCGUCCGACAAACCUUUGCCUCUCAUGAUUUAUUUUCCUGGCGGGGGCUACAUUGCUGGCAAUUUGGACACUGAAGAUGCCCACUGCAGAAUCUUUGCUGCGAAGACCCCAUGCUUGGUUAUUAGUGUCAACUACCCCAAGGUUCCUUCUGUCAAACUCGACGACAUCAUCAACCUUGGGUGCCUGGCAGUGCCCUGGUGUCGGGAGAAAGCUAAAGAAUUGAAUGAUGAUCAAUCGAAAACUAUUCUAUGCGGAGGCUCAGCUGGUGCCUUUUUAUCGGCACAGAUUGCCUAUCGAUUCAUGGCUGACGGUGACCAUACCAGCAUCACCGGCUGCGUGUUGAUUUUUGCAGUUGCCCUGCAUUGGGAAUACGAUGGCAAAUACAAGCACAUGUAUACAUCAUGGGUGGAGAAUGGCAAUUCCGGUCCCCCUGUCUUUGACCUAGAGCUUGCCAAAUUCAUUUGGUCGCACUACAACAUCGACUUUGACAGUCCACGUCACUUUCCACUCCUUGCAGAUGACCUUUCCAAGUUUCCUCCAUGCUACAUUGUCACGGCUGAGAAGGACUGCUUUCGAGACGAUGGCACUGUUCUAGACUAUCGUCUGCGGGAGAGUGGCGUACGAAGCAAGCUUGACUACUACGAAGGUCUUCCACACUAUUUCCACGCCUUCCCCCAGCUUGGAGUUGCACACGAAGCCAUGGCAAAAGCGGUCGAAGGGGUACGGUUUGUCCUGGAAUAGUAGACAAGGACACUCCCCUCCACAUAUCCUAUCGGCAGACUGAGGAUUUGACCCUUGCCACAUCGAACACUUGAAAGCUGAUGAUCUUGACAAACAUGCUGCUUUCGAGCCAACUGUCUGCCGCCAACUGUCUGCCGCCAGCUGUCUGUUGUAUAACUGGGUCUUUCAACGAUUGAACUGGUCAAUGGUGUCCAAUUAACACUUCGAACCAUGGCGAGAUAUAGCUAAACAGCAGCCAAGUCUGGAUGCCUAAGCCAUAUAGUUCCGCCAAUCUCAACAACUCCACUAGAUGAUUCUGCAUGAUUUGUCGGGACGCGAGUUACCUACAGCGUAUAUAGCUUCGAAUCAAGAUAUGGC